UUCCAUGGUUGAUGCUGCUUUCAUAUUAGAUGCAAAAGAAGUCUUAUUCAUUUGUAUUUAUAUACAUAUAUGUGCAUAUAUUCUUUCUUUAAGGUUCUCUUGUUGCUGCUUCUGCACGACGUGAAAGUGAAGAACAUGAAGAAUUCUAAGAAAACGGGUGUACGGAAAUACCAAAAAUCAGAAAAUCCACGUCUGCGAUGGACACCUGAACUCCAUGAAUACUUUGUAGAAGUUGUGGAAGGUCUUGGUGGAAAAAACAAGGCAACUCCAAAGAGCAUUCUGCAGAUGAUGCAUGUGAAAGGACUAAGAAUCUCUCACAUUAAAAGCCAUCUUCAGAUGUACAGGAACCUGAAGGGACAUACGAUUCUCUCAUCAAUGCAUCAGGAAAUGGAAGGGAAUGAAGAUGGUAAAGAUCUUCUAAUGUGCUCCAAUUGUUCGUCCCAAAGAUCACAAGAAACAAAAUUUAGGGCAUCAAAAUAUGAUAUGGGAAUUGUGACUCAAGAAAUUCGCCCGUCAGAAAAUAAAGGACUUUCACAAACCAGUGAAACAGAUUACGAUCUAAAUCAGGAACCCGAAUCUUGUGCAUACAUACAUAGUGAGACAUCAAAUGAAGAAAAUAGUAGAAGAAUGAAAUAUCUUGAUUUCACAUUCUCUUUUAGCUCUCAACUAAUUCCAACCAUGCAUGGUAAUCAAGAGAGGAUGCAUUUUUCUUCAGCAAAUGCAGCAGAUAAUCAUGCCAUUGAUUCUAAUUCUGUACAAUCUCGUGGGAGCAACAACUACAUAAAUUUAGACCUAGCAAUAUGAACAUGGAUCAUAUCUGUAACCAACCACGCAUUGUUUUUCGUAGGUUUAGGUUUUUGGCAAAGAUUGUAAAAGUUAAUGAAUUAUUGUAUAAUCUAUAAUAAUUAAAGAAAAGUUUA